AUGAUUGAGUUUCUAUUACAAGCAUUACAUUUCUGGUGCACCAAAAAUAAAGCUAAGCUCUCGCUCGUUGCUGUGUUGUUUUUAUUAGGAUUUGGUUUUUAUUUCGGUAUAACAUAUCAAGAAUAUAUUCAAGAGACUGCAUUCAGGGAUUUUGUGGAUGCAACGAAUAAGAAUUUAUUUGCUCUAGACUUUCCAGAAACAUCAGCGUAUACUCAGCACUUGGUCGAAUUAUAUGAUCUUGCUGAUACUUUAAGACAAAGCAACGAGGUACAACAAAAUGGUCUACUUAUUUCCGGUUCUCUUCACGGUUUAGCUGAUGAUCUUAAAGUUGCUGAAGAAGAGAUAAACGACUUUCAACACAAAUCAUCAGAAGUCGUCAUUAAUUUACAAUAUAAAGUGUCAUUAAUCUACGACAUAUUAGAUGUCGUAAAAUUAUCGGAUGAAGAAGAAAACUUUUAUUUCUAUGACACAUUUAUUCCUGACCUCCUCGUUGAACAAUUUUAUAAAAUGAUCACUUAUUGGGAUGAUGAAAAAAAUUUCUCAGGGUUCAUUCAACGGCAAUUGAAAGUUUUGGAACUUGUCUUUCGAGAGUUAAAAGGACAAUUAAAUAAAAUGAUUAAUUCAUAUAGUAAGGUUAAACUUGAUGCUAGAAAUCUUUCCUUUUAUUUGCUAAAUGCUGAGCGAGAAGCUGAGAGAGCAAUUAAAAACUAUUGGGCUGAAA